UUCCAGCAAGAGAAGGAGAGGGCGAACUUUUUCUGAAGUGCAGACAGACUUGGCUCAUGAGAGAGAGAUGGAGAGAGUGAGUGCGAUGGAAGCACUGUAAAGAGAGCGGGGCAGAGCUAUAAGAAAAGAAAAGAAAAGAGAGGGAGCGCAGAGCGAGGGAAGGAGAGCUGUUUGCCUAAACCCUGCUGGCUUUCACAGUGAGCGUAUCCCAGUGUUGUUCAGUGAACCGUGCGGUGGACAGUGCCACUGUGUCUGCGUGUAGCUCUGCUGGCAUUGAACUCUGCUCGCCGCUGACCAGUGGAGAGUGAAGAGAGGGAAGAGUGGGAGGAGGAGCAGAGUGCAGCCUGUCGGUGGGUUUGCCCCGGCGGUGGCAAUUUCCCUUGAUAGGAUCAGCCACCAUGCUGGAAAACACAGGUGGAGCAGUUGUGGAUGCUAAAGUGAAUAAUCAGUCAGAAACUACUAAAUGUGCAAUGGAAAGUGGUGACGGGAACACCGGAAUCCAAACCAAUGGAUUGGACUUUCAGAGGCAGACGGUGCCAACCACCAGUGCAAUCACAAAUGCACAUGCACAAGCCCUCCUCCAACAGUUGACCCUGACCCCAGUACACCAGCAGCUGUUGAUCCAGCAGGCCCAAGCUCAGCUCCUUGCUGCAGCCGUGCAGCAGUCAGCCAGCCAGCAGAACAGCACCACUGGGGCGAGCAUCUCAGCGUCUGCAGCCACACCCAUUUCCCAGCUGUCACAGCCCAUCCAGAUCACCCAAAUACAGCCGCAGAAUCUGCCUCAGUUUGUUCUGGUUCAGCCUGGCCAUCCCAUCACCACACCCCAUCAGUUCAUCAUCUCACAGCCACAACCCCAACCAGUCUUUCACUCUGCGGGCAUAUUGCAAGCCCUUCGAAAUCUACCUCCAAACCAACAUAACCUCCUGCCGACUCAACCUAACAUCAACCUUGCAACUCAGCCUGCAACUCCACCAGCAGCCACAUCUAUUCAGUCCAUCCAUAGUCAGACACCACCCAAGCGGUUGGAUACCCCCACCUUGGAGGAGCCGAGUGAUCUGGAGGAGUUGGAGCAGUUUGCCAAGACCUUCAAACAGAGACGCAUUAAACUGGGCUUCACACAGGGUGAUGUUGGCCUGGCCAUGGGGAAGCUGUAUGGAAAUGACUUCAGUCAAACCACAAUCUCUCGCUUUGAGGCCUUGAACCUGAGCUUUAAGAACAUGUGCAAACUCAAGCCAUUGCUGGAGAAGUGGCUCAAUGAUGCAGUUUGUGCAGAGAACCUGACAUCUGACCAGGCCCUGUCCAGCCCCAGUGCUCUGGGCUCCCCAGGCAUGGGCAUAGAGGGGAUUAACCGCAGACGGAAGAAGAGGACCAGUAUUGAGACCAACAUCCGAGUGGCCUUAGAAAAGAGCUUUCUGGAGCAGAACCAAAAACCUACCUCUGACGAGAUCGCCAUAAUCGCUGACCAGCUCAACAUGGAGAAGGAGGUGAUUCGGGUCUGGUUCUGCAAUCGGCGGCAGAAAGAGAAGAGGAUUAACCCGCCCAGCAGUGGCAACAGUGGAGGACUCAGCACCGCCAUCAAAACCAUCUAUACCCCCAGUAGCCCAUUGGUGCCCAGCACAGCAAGCCUUGUGAGCAGUUCAACACCCACCACUCUGACUGUAAACCCAGUGAUGCCUCUCACCAGCACCAGUGUCUCCACUUUGACUUUCACAGGCACAACAGCUGGAGCUACAAACACUGCAUCCGUCAUCUCUUCGCCCAUGCUUACCACAGCAGCCAGCUCUCCGUCUUUAAGCCCAUCCCCGACAACUAUCUUGUCAACGAGUGCGGAGAACAAGGCUUUCACCCAGGCGGCGACCAUCUUUUCCCAGGCCCCGACAUCCAUAGCCACCACUUUGGGGUCAGGUCAGGUGAUGGUGGCGUCUCCGGGGCUGUCUGCAGCACUGCAGGGGGCUCAGUUACCCACCAGUGCUAGCUUUGCUGCUAUGGCUGCUGCUGCUGCAGGGCUCAACCCAGGACUGAUGGCCUCCUCCCAGUUCCCUCCAGGGGGGGCCCUGCUCAGUCUAACUGGUGGCCUCGGCAGUGCAUUGAGUCCUGCCUUCUUGAGUAACAGCACCCUGGCCACCAUUCAAGCUCUGGCAUCGAACGGCACAAUCCCCAUCACUUCUCUGGACGGCAGCAACCUGCUGUUCGCCAACACCUCUGCCGGCAAUGGGCCCAACAUGGUGACCUUCCUGAACCCCCAGAACCUGUCGCUGCUCAACAACCCCGUCAGCCUGGUGUCCACUGGGGUGGGGCUGCAGGUCGACGCUCACCAUCAGUCCACGGCCGCUGUGCCUGUGCAAGCCUCAACCAUUCCCACCGCCUCGAAGGCUCAGUGAAGCCAGUCCGGCUGCAUCCCGAGUUAACGCCCUAUUUCUUAUGUCGUGCACUACUCUUAUCACACCAUAUAGGGAAUAGGGAGGUCGUUAAAAGCUCUGUGCUUCACUAACCACGCCACAUUCUUUCCUUUUUAUCUAUCAUUAUUUAAUCCUUUUGCUGCCACCAAAAAGAAAAGAAUCUCAAAUGAGGUUGAGGUUAACUUUUUGCUUUUUUUGCUGUCUUUUCCUUUAUGAUUCUUGGAUGUUUUUUUCCACACACAGUUGCCAGAUGGACACUGUUGUUGGCCUGCCGCUCCUCAUGAACCUUGACAAGUGUCCAGGAAGAAAAUAUCCUCGGCACCAUCAAGCUGUUCACAUGUCGCGCGUGUGUGUGUGUGUGUUGUGUGUUGUGUGUAUAUAUAUACAUAUAUAUAUAUAUCCUCCUCUUUCCAGGUCAGAAUUUUCUCUGAAAUACUUCUAACCAAAAACUUUAGGAUUUUGCUCUUUUAACAUUCAAACUAAACAGAUUUAUUACUAAUUUCACAAUGUUCAUCAUCACUAAUGGGGAUUUGUGUGUCGACACCCCAUCUUUAAUUAUUUUGGGUUUUUUGGACAGGCCUUGAUGUAAAUCAUAUCAAAGUUAUAUUUUAGAGACUUUUUUUUUCUUUUUAUCUUUAGUGUCUGUAUUUUUUGACAUUUUCAGAACUUUGUAAGUCUAAUAUUAAGUUAAGAUUAACUAUCACUUUUUAAUCGUGGUUAUAAGGCUUUAAUAACAAGUAAUAAGUGGCCGAUAUAAAGGUUAUCAUUGCUUUAAGGGUCGGAGGGACCAGGUGUGUCUCUCUUGGUCUCUCUUUGUGGAAACACUGAGUUUUGCAUCAUGCUACAGUAGCGAAGUAGCCGCUGAGCUUGUGUAAAACGGCGGUUUAGGUGCGGAUCAUAGACACUGACAGGAAAUGACUGAAAACAUGAUGUUGACAGCUUUAAAAAAAAAUAAGAGCUGCAGACAUGCAAUCAUGUGUCUGAAGGGUGAUUUCGUUUUGGUUGUUGAUCCGGUGGAAAACUGUACAUUAUGUUUGGAUUCAGAGGUAGAAGGUAGACGUCUGCAUGCGUUCUCUCCAGCUCAGGCAGAUGCUGAGAGUUCAGUAACUGCGUUAAGGCUCUGCGACCAUCUGGUCUGUUUUGUGGAGGACUAGUCACGGGACUUGGUCAUCAUACUAAACGUGUGGUGAUUGGCUAGGCGAGGUUAUUGUAUUGUGGGUGUUUUUUUGAUUUCUUUUCUUUUUUAAAACUAGUACCGUUGUAUCUACUUGUGCACAGUAUCUGUACCAAAAACUGGAUUGAUGAACUGCAGUCUGCCUUUUGGGAGGAAUGGAAUUCUGUCUUUCUUUUAUUUUUUUUUGUCUGCAGUCACAUGGCUGGCUUACGUACUUUAAGAUAUACCAAAAAUAUUUGUUAAAAUAAUUGCUGUGUGUAGUCGGUGUCGCUUAGUCUAGUCAAUAUAUUUAUGAGAACAGAAUCUCUCUUCAUUGUCAACAGAUAUUAGAAAUGCAAUAUUUUGAUGAUCAUUUUCCAAAGAUGACCUUUUUUUAAAUAUUUUUUUUUUAUUUGACCAAGUGUCUCAUAGCUCAAAGUUUAAUUGGCAGCACAACUGACCAAAAAGAGAGGGACUGUUGGUUUGGGGCAUGAGAAAGUAUUUUCCUUUUUUACUCUUUUUGAAUUGAUUUUUCUCUCAGCGGGUUCUGGCCCCUGACGCCUGAUUCUGGUUUCCUUUCAGCCAUUAAUGGCUUGUUUUCCUUCUUUAAUCAGUUUUUGGCCGUUUCGGUAGCAGUUUUGGACUUUUCUGAAGCAAAAAAGAAAGGUUCUGUUGUUUGGUUUUGUACUAAUAUUCAGCCAUAAAAACAACAGCUUGAACCAAAGUGGUUUUUCUCAGUAGUUGCUGUGCCUGUCCGAGCACACAAGUUGCUGUUCGUCUCUACUUCUUCACGCCGCUGAAAGCAAAAUAUUCCCCUCGUCGCUCACCUCGAUCAACACCUGAUAAUUCCUGAUUUGGUGCUGCUGGAACAGGAUCAUAGAAACUUAGCUUUAACAACUUGCUGCUGAAGCUCCUGGUGGACUUGUGCUGUCGAAAGGUCUGCAUGCUUUCCUAUAGCUUUAUGACUGCUUCCUGUGCUCUGCAGGCUUUGUGGUUUGGACGCUCCCAUCUUAGAGGGCUCACCUUUGUAAAUGCAUAGAUCGGAUCAUAAGAUGGUACUACACCUCCUCUCAGCACCACCAUUUUAAACCAGCAUGUUCAGAAACAAUAUGCUGCUCCCUAAAUCUGUCUGUGGGCUAUGAUAUUACCCAACACAGAGUCAGGCUAAAUACUCGUAUGUGCUGCACAUUUGACUAAAUCCCAAACAAAAGUAGCAUUGUUCUGCUGCUUCCAAAUAAAAACAGUGAUUCUGAUCAGAUCACUGAGACUGUAAGCAGCAAACAUUUGUGCUUGUUAUGCUCCUGUGUACUUCUUUUCUGUUGUCAAUUUACUUUGACUGAAUAUACCUCAGCAGCACUUAAACAUAAGGUUCACCCUUAGACAUUUCUGUGUAUAGACCAGUGUAGAAUGUAUAAGUACUGUCUGGAGUACCAUUCAGAGUUUAUACUGAUGAGACACACAUAGGAACCAUACAUAAAAAGACAACCUACUACUGCUAUUUUCUAGUACUACUAUUUAUGGGGUAUUUCCAGGUUUGAUUAUUAUUUUGAGAUCCUUCUUGCCAAAGUAAAAGCCUUUCUCUUCGCAGCUCGGCGGGUGUCUGGCUGCUCAUAGUUUUCUCCGUCUUUGAGGCCACGAUGGGCCGAAAGGACUCGGUCCUGCUCCAGUGCUGUUCGUAGUUACUAAGAGUUGAACAUGUGCUCGCAAGAUGAACCAGUUGCCAUUGGUAUCAUAGGAUGUUACUGAAAUAUUUAUCUGAGGAAAGACUGAAGAAUUAGAGAAACAAACCUUUCUUAAUUCUAUACAUAUAAAUAUAUAUAUAAACACGUGUAAGAUAUUCAUAUUUUAUAUUUGAACUAGUUAUCAAGACUGAAUGUAGUGUUUACCAUGCGUACUCAAAAAAAAUCUCCCCUAAACUUUUUAUUAUUGCGGAAAAAAAAGUAAUUCAUUCAUUUUUUAAACUGUCAAGACCAAAAAAGUAAGAGAAGAAAUCUGAGGCCCUGGCGGAGCGUGAGCCGCUGACACCUGUGUCUGUCAUGUAUCGACCAGGUCUUUCCAGCAGGGGGGGUCUGGUUCAGGUGCUCCUGGCAGAAAGGUCCUGUUGUCUGGUAGGAGAUUCUGAGGCAUCCGAUCUUUAUCUUGUCAUAGAUUCUUUUGGUUUUUGGUUGAGUCAUUGUAAACUUGAUUUGCUGUGCUGUCUUUAACAAUCAUUUGAUUUUUUUAUAUUACUUUAUGCCUUUAAUUAGGUUGUAUAGUGUGAGAGGGCAAGAUCACUGGCUUUCUUAGUUUGACAAAGAUUAACAUUAUCAUUUAUGCCUUAUUGUUACGUAGAAGACAUGAGCAUUGUAGCAUUGUUGUUGUGUGUGUGUGUGUUUGUUUGUGUGUGUGAGUGUGUGUGUGUGUGUGUGUGUGUGAGAGCUCACCUGGUGCAUUGUUUUCACUGAAACAAUACAGUGUACUUUGGGCAUUUUUGGCACUUGGGAUGAUUAAGUUGCUACCUAUGAUUUUUAGGUGUGACUCAGACAGGUUGAUGAUACCUGUGAGAAAAGCUUUACUAAUAAUUCCAGCAGGUGGGUGUGUGUGCGUGUGUGUGAGUGUGAGAGAGACAGCAUGUCUUACAAAGAGAGUAAAGUGAGGGCAGUCUGUAAACCAUUAUAGUGCAUUUUUCCCAUCUUCCAGCGAGUGUUUGAGUGGUUUUUAAAUAGAGGUGAGAGACACAAACUUAUUUUGUUGUUUGUCCAGGGGAGGGUUGGGGGUUCCUCUACUGAUCAACUAGAGCCUUUAAGCAAGCCAGUUUUUGGUUUCUAAUGGUAAAUCUGCAGUUUGUGUUCUACUUGUGUUCUUAUUUGCUAAGAGCUGAUGAUCUUCUUGCCACUGACUCUGCUUUGACACUUUGGGUUUCAGUUGGUGAUUCUGAGAUUUUUUCAUAACGCUUUCGUGAAUCGGGCCACGCAUCAAGUGGCCGUACGUUGAUUCACCACACUGGUUUGCGGGUCUUUACACGUUGACUAAGGCAAAAGGAGCUGUUGUAUACCUCAUUUCUAACUCGAGACUGAGUGAAACCUGCUUUAAUCUACUUAACAAAUAAGAUAAAUAUUUUAUAAAAUCUCACACAAAAAAUGAUGAAAAUACACAAACUUGUGUCAGUGGAGCAGCGCGGUCAUACCUGUACUAGGGGAAGAGUUGAGGAAAAUGUCGCCACAAGGGGGAGACAGAAUAUGUACCAGUACUCAUGAAUGUCUGCUGUUUUUCUUUCUUUAUGUUGCACACUGAUUUAUUUCAACAUCGGCCAAACAUGACAUGUUUUUGUCAGGUUAAUGUUGCUCUCUGUUAUAAAUAUUAACCACUUGAUUGAUAUGGUGUAGGUAGAAGUGCAUUUUAAUACCCCCUCCAUCUUUCUUUGAGUUUGACAAUCUCUCCGUUUUAUUUUAACCCCCCCCCCACUCUGACCUGGUACAGGUAUGUUCACGUCUUCCCACGUGACGGUGUGCUGUCGCAGCCCGCUCUCGCUUCCCUGUGGUACCAACAUUAACCAAAGACUUCUAACUUGAUUGUAAACGAACGACACCCUCCCCCACCUAUCCCCGCCUCACUGCUCAGAAUAAAAUCCCGGUUGCACGAACUUGAUUAAUCUAUAAAAAAAAAAAUAAAUAAAAAAAGUUUCCUUUUUAUUGCAUGCGAAUGUGUAUCUGCCCGGAAGAAAGAACCCCUCCGGCCUGUCGCUGGUGCAGUGGUUUCAGUGCCUGUGGGCGGGGAUCGGCGGGGGUUUGAACGGGAGCUGAGCGGGCUUCUCUCCGACAGACACGAACCAAUCUGGUGGUAGCUGGGUGGUGUUUGUUAAUACACACUGAGGGUUAAUCCUGCGCACACUGUACAUGCUCAGGACUCUGUAUGUUUAUCUGUCUUGAGCGCUGUUGCUAGGAUGCUCCCCACCUCCACUCUCUCCCUCCCUCCCUCCCUUCCUCAAGGACUGUGGUGAAAAUGCUGUUCCUGCCUCUCACAGUGUGUCCGUCUCUUCCUUCUCACCUGUACACUGUAGUCCCAGGACAUUUACCCUGUUGUCUCCAGGAAUACACAUCCUGCGGUCGCUAAAACUCACUGCUGUGUCCCCUCCUCCUCCUCUUCCUCCCUUUUCCCCUUCAGCUCCGCUCUCUCCUUUGACAUUGUAUCUUCACUACAGACUCUGAUCAGCUGUGACACUAUGCAUCAUGGUCCUUCACUCUGCAUGGACUGUGUCCCUCCGGCUCAGACCUCGGGCCAACGGGCUUCAGUGACACUUUGUUUAAGGCUUUACUCUAAUGUGCGGUCGUAGGACCUCACGAGCGCUAUCCCAAAGCAAAAAAUCCAAAUAUUUAACUUUUGACAAAUGCAGAUACCAAAGAUAUCUCUCUGUCCUGUCUCUCUCUCUCUCUCUCUCUCUCUCUCUCUCUCUCUCUCUCUCUCUCUCUCUCUCUCUCUCUCUGUUUUCUGUCCCUUCCACCCUGCAGCAUGUGUAUUAAGAGACAAACCCAGCACUGGCUUUAGUCCUAGCCUCAGUAAUUCCAAAGCUUAGAUGUAUAUUUUGGUAUAUUUCUGAGAAAAACUUGCGUGAAAAGCGUCUGUUUCUCGUUUGUUUGUUGUAAUCUCUCUUUUCUGUCACAGCAUGGAACUAAUUGCAAAACUGUCUUACUCUUGGUAGGUGAAAGAUAUAGUAUUUUUGUAUGUUUUUGGGUGUGUUGUGUGUGAUUAUCAGUUCACAGCCCAAGUGACCAUGGCUUUCAACAAAAGAGAAAACUAAGAAAAAAAACAACCUGCCAACCAUGUACAUAAUAAGUCUGUAUCUCAAGAAAUUCUUUCUGUAAACAACAACUCAUUCUGGAAGCUUGGGUUCAUCUAAAGGAAUGUGUCCCUGUUUCCCCCCUUUUUUUCUUAUUCUGCAGUCCGAUAAGAAUUGACUCUCCGGGACUCUAAUGUAAAGUCUUGGGUUUCCAUCAUGGACUAUAACACUGAGGGACACUGCUCCGAUCUUACUACAACAUAUAAAAAGACAAAAAAUAACAAAAAAAACAGGCCUCCAGUCAUGGCGGCAUAGAACUGAAAGAUUGUGUAGGAGUUUUAAGUAUGUGAAUCAGGAUACAUAGUAGUUUUUGAUGCAUUUGUCUGCUGUAUUUUUGUUUGUUUUGUUUUAUACACCUAUAAAGAUAAUCUUUUACUGUAACUGUACAGUUCUCUUUUGUUGUAAACAUCAUUAAACCAUUUUCCAAGUG